GAGCGUUAAGUGCAACUUCUAAAGUUGCUUAUUUGAACUAAGACAACUCGAAUUGUCAUUUUGAUUGUAAAGCCGUAAAAUAAAUCUUAUAAAAAAAACUUUAAGAGCUACCGACAGCGAACCAAGCUAAAAAGUGAGCAAUCUAAUAAUGACAGACUCAAUGAAAUUUGGACCGGAGUGGUUGCGCAACAUGUCAGCGGAGCCACCUGUCGCAAGCGGUAACAAUAUGUCAGGUAUUAGCGGUGCUGCGUGCCCCGGAAGUGGUGCUACUGCCGGUGGAAUAAACAUCGCCAUGCAAUUACACAGUUUUGGCAGCGGCGGCGUCGGAGGCGGCAAUCAAGGCAGUCAUGCAACAGCCUCCCGAAAUAUGUUCCCGGAGUAUCGUUAUGGGCGCGAGGAAAUGUUGUCGCUAUUUGAUCGAAAUUGCUUGUUACCGCAGAUUCUACCCUCAUUCAAAAAACUGUUUAUUGAUAAAGUACAGUACCCCCUUGCAUUAACCCCAAGCUCUGAGGAUGAGAUGAACACUCAAAGUCCUCUUGGAUGUAACUCGCGUCCGAGUUGGCUUCAGCGCUCGGCUGGUGGAUUUGGAAUACCGUCUCGAGGUUCAGGCCGGGGUGGAACAGUUGAUCGAGGCCGGAUGCGUGGAAAGUCUAGCUAUCAUUCAAUGUAUCAGAGAGCAGGGGCUAUAUACGAUGACAGUGUGCCAGCUGUAUCGAUAAAGUCGGAGCGUAACUGGAAUGAACGGAAUGGUACAGGUGACUCAGCUGCAGUCGGCGUGACAGUGAGUGUAGCUGGAGGCGGUAGUAGUGGUGUUGGUGGUUCUGGAUUAGAUUGGAAUGGCACUCCAAGCUCUAGCCCUCGAAAGGAGUUUUCAAACCAUAAUCGCAAUAUGGAAAAUUGGCGCAGAAACCGAAAUGAAGACGGCUCAGGGGAUGGACCUGCUACUGCAGGUGGUGGGACAGUUGGUACUGAAGUUUCGGGUUGGCGCAGUGGCUCUAGUCAUCGCUGGGGUCGAUCGACAAGUUGGCGAGACGAAGAUUCAAUACAAGGUACUAAUUUGGAUGGCAUUGGCUUCACUGUAACUGCACCCAAUGUACAGCGCUCAAUUUCAGUGUUGGCCACUGUUGGAAACGAGCGGGGAAUUGCUAGUGGUAAAGCAUCAAAGUCUGUGCCUCCAAGUGUUGGACCAGGUCGUCAAACUGGCUCAAAAUCAAAUCCAACGUGGCCGGGCCAAGAUGUAGAAGAUAAUUUGCCUGAAUGGGCAAUGGAGAACCCAUCAGAACCAAUCGUUGGUGGUACAUUCGACUCAAGUGGUGCAUUCCAUGGGGAGCGUGAUGUACAACUGCAUAACCAAAGGAUUAAUGCUAACAAGUUGCCAGACGAAAGCUGUACAGGGAAGGACGAAAGCUCAGCCGAAAACAUCUUAGACUUAAAAAUGGAGCCGGUACCUUUGGAUCAGUCAAGCUUACUUAUUAAGCCAAUCGAAAAGAUGAUUCAAGAAUCCAAACUGCAAAAAGAAUGCUCGGAUGUUGGAAGUUCAACGAGUAAAGGCGUACACGAAAGGAGGGAUCGGGAUGUAGGAUCCCAAACAUCAGAUACAUCAAAGUCAUCGCCUACUCAUGGUGACAUUUCUGAGCGAAUUAAAGAAGUAGCUGAUGAGGUGGAGAAAUUAAUAAUGGAUGAUGAUAAUGUUGAUGUCGUUAGAUCUGACAGUCAAAAAGAAGAUAAUCCAGCUGAGUUGGUCUGCACUGGUAAUGACAGUGUUAAUGGUAGUGUUGCCGAUAGCACUACUAUAUACACAAUGACUACGUUGCCAAACACUGGAGUUGUUGAUCCAGGUCAACGGCAGCAACAUCAAUUACUUGGCCAACUAACGGAGGCUGGAAUUGGGCCCCCAACAUCGGGUUUGUUGGUUAGUGAAUUGGCUCAGAAGCCCUUACCUUUUUCAGACCAAGUUCCUCAGAAUCAUCAUCGUAUACAACAAGAACAGCCUCAUUUAUCUGGACUUUCUACGCAUGUCAUAAAUGCAAACGCAAAUGAUUUAUGGUUUUAUCGUGAUCCGCAGUCAAACGUGCAGGGUCCGUUUAGCGCGAUUGAGAUGACCGAGUGGUAUCGUGCAGGCUAUUUUAAUGAAAAUCUUUUUGUACGCCGGUUUUCGGACAGUCGUUUUAGGCCGUUAGGCGAGCUAAUUAAGCUUUGCCAUGGUAACAUGCCCUUUACGCACAGCCAUCUUUUGCCGUCGUCUCUGGAUUUGGACAAUUUACCUAUACCCAUAAUACCGCAGCAGCAUAAGCCAAUGCCUCUCUUGCCCUCAUUAAACGACCAACAGCAGCGUUCAGGUCCCGGUUCUGGCUCUGUUUCAAGUUCUAGUCCAAGUAUUGUCGAUGAGCAACUAAAGGCAAACGUGACUGCUGCUGCAGAUUCCUUAAGCGCAGCAAUCAAAGGACAUUUAAGCGCACAACAAUCUAUCGAUACGUCUCACAUGCUAACCAUGCGUUUUCAAAUGUUGCAGGAUCAGUAUUUGCAACAUCAAGAGUAUCAAAUAAUUUCCGAGCUAUCGAAAAACGAAUGCUUUCAACGCUUAGAUCCAACCCAGAGAGAAGCAAUUGUUCGUGCCAAGGUUCAGAUGUUAGUGCUGCCCGAAUAUUUGAGCAGCUUUAGCGGAUUAAGCAAUUCUCUGGCUGCCUUAAACCCAAUUGCUGGCAAUCAGCUCUACGAUGCAAUCGCUCAAAAGGCAAAAAAUGACGAACAGCAGCAUUUAUUUCAAAGUGGAGGGGGACCACCAGAGCAACGUCCUCCCAGAGGCAAUUUUCUAGAUGCCAACAAUUUUAUAGUUAAUGCACAAUUAAUGCAUCAGCAGCAGACUCGACGACAAGCAAUCAUCAAUCAGAAAACGGUGCAUCCCCAUCCAGAUCCUGAGUUAAACAAAUUGAAUGAUGGAUCAACUGAUAUUGGACUUUUGAAUGAAUACAAUCUGCGAAUGCUGCUGCGUGGCCCAUCAGGAGCUGGUGCGGCUGGUCAGCAGCACAAUGCAGUGGUUAAGCCAAGUCCUGGUGUAGACUUUAUGACCGAAGCGCAGCUGUUGGCUUCACAAUCAUUGAUGAUGCCGAUGUGGUCGCAGCAACAGCAGCAGCAGUCCGCCCAACCUUGGUCGGCAAUUUCAAACGCUAAGGUUACUUUGUGGGAUGUUGCCGCGUUGGAAGAAGAGCAUAGUCAACAGAAACACAAUCAUUUAGUUACAGAAAGCCAAACAACCCCAACAUAUCCUUCGAGUCUUAAUGUUACAACACAGCAACAGCAGCAACAACAAGAACAGGAGCAGCAACAGGAACAACCACAACAGGGUCUGGAUGAGGAAGCGCAGAAAAUUCCACAAAUUUUACAUAUACCAAACCAACAGCAGCAACAACUGUCAAUAUGCAAAAUGAUUUCCAAGCAGCAGACCCAAACUGUAUCUAAGCCACAGGAGGGAAAGAACCAACAAACUGAGUUGAAGAUAAGCGAUGAAGAGCGCCGGCGAGAUCAAGCUGAGGAGAGGCGGCGUUUGAAGGAAGAACGGAAGCGUCAGCAAUUGGAAGAAGAGAGACGCCGCUAUAUGCAAGCAGAGGAGGAAAAAAGCCGUCAGCUACAAGAGGAGAAAGAACGUCAGCAGCUGAUACAAACUCAACGCCGAAAGGCUUUACUUGGUAUUCCACAACCCAACACUCUCAGUUCACUGAAUAGUAAGCAAGUAGUUUCUAAAAAUGAGCAACAACAGGGAGCGCGUGCCCAUGGAAAUGCCACAUCAGUUGCACCGUGGUCUUUGCAGACAGUUAACGUAAGCAGCGCUCCGGGGUUAGCUGAGAUACAGAAGGCGGAGCGACGCGAACGGCGUGCGGAUCAACAGCGUCAGCAAGAACAAUGAAAACAAAUGAGAGCGAUACUGCAAGCGGCAGCGGCUGAGGCUAACGAUGCAUUACUCAAAUGGCAGGCCUCUCCAGCACCAGCACCCGUUAUGAGCUUGGUCGACAUUCAAGCCGAAGAAGCCAAGCGUCUGGCUAAUGAGUUACUAGAGCAGCAACGUCGGCGAGAAAGCGAACAGCAACAACAGCAAACAACGAUUGCAUCUAAUUUGAAUUUGCCUGGCAGCCUGUCCAACAUUUGGGGUAAUGCCACCAACAAGGCAUGGAGUGCAACUACUGCCAGCACUAUUAUUGGCUCUGGGCACACUACAUCUUCUGGUACAAGUCUAUGGGACAAUACAAAACCAGCAGCAGUCUCUGUAUCUGCCAAACAUACACCAAAUAUGGCAACUUCCACUGCAGCUUCAGUGCUCUCUGCUGGUUUACCAGCCAACAUAACCAACAGUAAGCCGCAGUUUAAGCCAGCUGUCGCCGUUCCAUCGCCGCGUAAUUUACGAAAGAGUCAAACUUUACCGGCAAUGCAGAAAAUUGCCUCGAAACCCGCUAGUAGCAGCGGUCACACUCAACAGCAUGAUAAGAACAACAGUAAGGUUGGAAUGAGUAAAGCCAACAGUAAGCCUGCUUGUGGCGGAGAUGAUAAGAAACCGAAUGGUACCAAAAUCCCGCAUCAAAGUGGCGGUUGCGAGAGUAAGAUUAGUGAAUAUGAGAAUGAGUUUACUAUAUGGUGUAUAAAGAGUUUGGACAAUAUGUCAGUUAAAGUGGAUGUACCUACUUUUGUGGCCUUUUUGCAUGAGGACCAGAAAGCGCGUAUGGAAGAAAGGACUUUCCGCAUAUAUUGGGUAUGGGAAGGAAAGGAGUCAUCUGAUUUUUCUAAACAAUUUUUGGAGCGACGCAGCAAGUACAAGAGUCUGCAGCGCGCACAGAACGCGCAUAAUGAUGACAUGUGUAAACCGGCGCCAGCUAUAACCCCAUCUUCUAAUGACAAUGGUGAAGGAAAGAAUAAACAAAAGAAAAUUAAAAAAAAUAAGAUGACUAAAAUGGAUGCACGUAUUCUGGGCUUCUCCGUUACCGCCGCAGAGGGUCGUAUUAAUGUUGGUGGGCGCGACUACGUGGAUGGGCCAUAACCUCAACUGAAACCCUAACAUCAAGCGAUAAUAUGGGCAGAAAUUGCCAUUUCUAUGCUUAAAUUAAAACUAAAGAUUGAAUGGAAAGCAAGGUCACAACAGGAUGUAGAAAUAAAUAUGUUAUCAAUAAACAUAUUGCUUUAAUGCAGAAAUGAAUUUCAAA